CUUAGUGUCCCGGAAGAGCAGCGAGAACUCCUUUGUUUAGCCGCCUUUCUCUUGUGCGAUCGGUGAUCCAAAACUGAAACCGCAAGUAUCACCAGCAGCUAUUCGGAACAAAAAGCAAGAGCCAUCGCAUUCUCUGCCGUUUCCACUAUGGAGCUGCUCUCCGACCAGGGUCUGCGCGUGGACGGGCGGCGCGCACACGAGCUCCGUAACGUCGAGUGCCGGCUGGGCGUGUUUGGCCGCGCCGACGGCAGCGCCUACCUGGAGCAGGGCAACACCCGUGUGCUGGCCACCGUGUACGGGCCGCACGAGGCGCGCGCCGCGCAGCGCCGACACGACGUGGCCAGCAUCAACUGUCAGUACCGACAGGCAGUGUUCAGCGGCUGGGAGCGCGGCCGGCGCGCCGGCGGCGGCGGCGACCGGCGCGCCCAGGAGCUCGGUGCGCUGCUCCAGAACACACUGGAGAGCGUGGUGCUGGUGGAGCUGUACCCCCGCUCCCAGAUCGACGUCUACGUGCAGGUGCUGCAGGCGGACGGUGGUACGUACGCCACCUGCGUCAACGCCGCCACUCUGGCUCUCAUCGACGCCGGCGUGGCUCUGCGCGACUACGUGUGCGCGUGCUCGGCGUCCGUGCUGCGGGACCAGCCCCUGGUCGACCUCAACUCUCUGGAGACCUCCGGGGCUCCCGAGCUGACUGCCGCCUUGCUGCCCCGCUCCGGGAGACUCCCGCUGCUCGAAAUGAGCCAGCGGUUCCACGUGGAUAAGCUCGGGGAGCUCUUGGAUGUGGCUGAAACUGCGUGCAGGGAUGUGCAUACGAUUCUGAACCGGGCGGUGCGGCGACAUGUUAGCGCCAGGUCCAGUGAGAAGUGAUGGGAGGAGGGAAUGGGAACGGGGGUGGAUCGGACGGGAGGCGGUGGGGACGGAUGGGUGGGAACUGUCUUGGGGGAUAUUUUGGGUGAAGAACGGGGUGUUGUUUGGUUAAUGAAAACAUGCAUGUGAGAAACGGCAUCUCAAUCGCCCGCUGGAUAGCAGCGUUCACUGAUCACGUCGGUGAGCGCCGAGCGGUAUCUGGAUUCGCUCGGAAUAUGCUGUGAAACUGGCGACACCUGCUAUUGCCUAACUACAUCCGCGCCCACUGGCGGCGCCACUGAAGUUGUAGGUCUGUUUGACCCACGGAGUACCGUUGAGGACAGGGACCAACUCUCCCGGUACGCACUUGAAAAGCAUGCUUGAUGAAUCCGAAAACUCCAGCAUCACCUGUAUUCUGCUUACGCUACUUUGCGCUGCGUUUCCUUGUCAGCAGCAGCUGAAUGAACGAAGUCUGAUAUUUACGUACGUGUUUUGUACAAUAAAGAUCGUUGAUUGUUA